AUGUGUGGACUGCAAUAUUCCACCACUGAGCAAGCUCCGUUCUGCAGCAUACCACAUCCAUUGAGCUGGCCCCCUGUCAUGCAGACCCCUAAUGAGUUUAUACGAGCAGAGCCAUGGGCCCCAGAUGCAGUAAUGUUCCACACUGGUCAGGACACAGGACUUGCAAACGCCAUUGCCAGCUUCAUGUUCUCAGGCUCUGUUUCCACCAACUUCGCAAGCAGCAAAUUUGCACAGAUGACUGUGGAACAGGACACUUUUCGUGGGGAAGUUUUGACAGAACUAGGUUUUGCCUUUGGCGCAAGCUCGGAGUCUUCUCCCAGCCAUCAAGUGGACCCUGCGUUCGUUCCAAGAAAUGACCCAGACUCCAAUUUGUUCGUCCUUAACCAGAACUGCAGUGUGGUUCCAGACACCAGUGGCAUCGAUGCUGUUGUCAGUGGUGCCGUGUCCGAUUUCCCACUGUUGAGCUCCUUUGGCGGUGGGGCUGACGAGUUCAUAAACUCUUGCGUGAACACUCUAUUUGUCCUCAGUGAUGUAGAACGCAUCAACAGGCAUUUUUUCUGCAGCUUUGACGAGGCCAAGUGCAAUGCAUCUGUCGAGUUCAAUGAGAGGGUGAACAGGAGGCGUCUGCUUCAGGACACUGACGCCGUGGCUGAGUACAGCAACGCCUGGGAUUUUAAAGCCUCAGACAACGUCUCUGGCCUGGAAGUGGACAUAUGGUACAAAGACACAGACACUAUUGCAGGAAAUGAUGGGCUGCCAGACAUCCAGCGUGUUAAUCUGCCGAUGAACCUGGCAUCGAAUUCAUGGGUGAAAGCUGCCUUGGAUGGUUCAUAUUCAUCCCAGCUGCUGGCACUCGUGGAGUUUCCUUUGCAAGAAACCAAGUUGAGGCUGGAUUUGGCCUCGUUUCUGUCGGUUCUUUUGUUUACCUGGGUAAUUCAGCUCUUCCUGCCACUCAUGCUUGUGCAACUGGUGUAUGAAAAGGCGAAUCGGCUGCGCAUCAUAAUGAAAAUGCACGGUCUUGGAGAUGCUGCAUACUGGAUCGUGAACUAUGCAUACUACCUCCUUCUGUACAUUGUGUACAUUGGCAUAUUUGUUGCUGUAGGAUCUGCAGUGGACCUCGCCAUUUUCCGAUUGAAUGACUAUGGUGUCCAACUUCUUUUCUACUUCUUGUUUGGGAAUGUUCAAAUCGCCUUUUCUUUCCUUCUCAGCAGCUUCUUCCAAACGACCCUGACUGCGAUGGUUUUCUCGUUUUUGUGGGUCUUUGGCACUGGCUUAUUGGGCAACGUGCUGCUGGUGCGGCUGAUAGAAAGGGAUGUCUUUUAUGUUAAACUCAUCCAGCUGAUCCCAGCAUUUGGAGCUUACAGGGGAUGGUAUGAGUUGGGCCAGCACAGUUUCCGUGCAGCCUUCCGUAAUUCAGAUGGCUUGUCUUGGAGUUCCUUCACUGAUGAUAACAACGACAUGGAUUUCGUGAUGAUUUUGUUCGUUGCUGAGUGGCCGCUAUUCAUGAUUGCUGCCUGGUACAUUGAGCAGAUAUAUUCAACUGGCACAGGCGUCCAUCGACACCCUUUGUACUUCUUGGAUCGUCUCCGCAAACAGAAGAGCAAAGGAUUUAAGAACAAACAUGAUGACCCCAGAGGGUUGGAGCUCCAGGAGACAGCACUGAUCAGUGAUGCAAAACCUACUGUUGUUGAAAUGGGUGUCGACGAAGAAGAGGAAGAUGUUGCUGCAGAACGCAGGAGAGUGGAGAGUAUCCCAUUUGUUGGUGAUGACGAGAAUGCCAUUAUUAUCCGUGGGUUACGAAAGGUGUUUCCCUCUGCAGAGGGAAAUCCUCCAAAAGUGGCUGUCAAAGAUCUGUACAUGGCAGUGCGCAGAGGGGAGGUUGUUGGCUUGCUGGGUCCAAAUGGUGCAGGGAAAACAACUGCCAUUAACAUGUUGGUGGGUUUCAUGGAGCCGACGUCAGGAUCUGCUCUCAUAGAUGGCCUGGACAUCACCGAGUCCAUGGACUUGAUCUAUGACAGAAUGGGGGUAUGUCCCCAGCACAAUCUGUUGUGGGAUACGCUCACAGGCGCAGAGCACCUCUUGUUUUACGGCCGCCUGAAGGGCCUGAGCGGGCCUGCCUUGAAGAAAGCCGUCGCGAAUGCACUGAACUCUGUACACCUAUUUUCCGGCGAUGGAGACAGGCUCGUGCAGACGUACAGCGGAGGCAUGAAGCGUCGCCUCAGCGUCGCGAUCUCCCUCAUUGGCGAUCCCAAAGUGGUGUACCUUGACGAACCCAGCACGGGGCUGGAUCCUGCAUCACGUCGAAACCUGUGGGAUGCCGUGAAGCAGGCGAAGAAGAACAAGGCCAUCAUUCUGACGACGCACAGCAUGCAGGAAGCCGGGGUGCUGUGCGACCGGCUUGGGAUCUUCGUCAACGGGAGCUUGAUGGUCAUCGGCAAGCCCCAGCAGCUGACGUCUCGUUAUGGGGACUACUUGAUAUUCACCAUCACCACCGUUCCCGACGACAACGAAGCGAUGAAGGGACUUGUUUUUCAGCACUUAGCUGCAAAUGCUCAGCUAACGUACGAGGUUGGAGGAACCCUCAUAUACGAGGUUCCAACAGCCAGCACCAAGCCGAGCGAUGUCUUCACCUUCGUGGAAAAUGCCAAAUCUCAAAUUAAGGUGCUGGACUGGGCGGUCACGAACGCAACGCUGGAGGAAGUGUUCAUGAAGGUCGCCGCCAAGGCGGGCGCCACCUCGGACGUGCUCAAUUGA